AUUUUCAUUGAGGUUUAGGUUGCUCACUGAUUGCAAGCUGUGGUUGGAUGUUCUCACGUUUAUGGUUUCAAGGGGAGUAGUUGUAGUCUUCCCGGAGAGUAAAGCUGUCCUGGGACAAGCAUUGGAAUUAUCGUAGACUUUGUGGAAGAACCAAAAAGCGGGAGAACUUUAGAAUUAGACGGCAUUUCUUGUAUUCCUGGAUUGCGGACUCACAUUUCACGAUGCCGGUCUUUCACACAAAGACGAUAGAAAGUAUCCUAGAGCCAGUGGCUCAGCAGAUAUCCCAUCUGGUGAUAAUGCACGAAGAAGGUGAAGUUGACGGAAAAGCUAUUCCAGAUCUCACGGCUCCCGUGGCUGCUGUGCAGGCGGCUGUCAGCAAUCUUGUUCGGGUGGGGAAGGAGACUGUCCAGACCACCGAGGACCAGGUUAUGAAAAGGGACAUGCCACCAGCGUUCAUCAAGGUGGAGACUGCCUGCACCAAGCUGGUCCAGGCUGCGUCUAUGCUAAAAGCUGACCCUUACUCCGUCCCCGCCCGCGAUUACCUCAUCGACGGCUCCCGUGGCAUCCUAUCCGGAACAUCCGACCUGCUCCUGACCUUCGACGAGGCUGAGGUCCGCAAAAUCAUCCGCGUGUGCAAGGGCAUCCUGGAGUACCUGACCGUGGCCGAGGUGGUGGAGUCCAUGGAGGACCUGAUCACGUACACCAAGAACCUGGGCCCAGGGAUGACGAAGAUGGCGAAGAUGAUCGAUGAGCGGCAGCAGGAACUGACCCACCAGGAACACCGCGUCAUGCUGGUCAACUCCAUGAACACCGUGAAGGAGCUGCUUCCUGUUCUCAUCUCAGGAAUCAAGAUCUUUGUGACCACCAAGACGUCCCAGAGCCACGGGGUGGAGGAGUCGCUGAAGAACCGCAACUUCACCUUCGAGAAGAUGUCCGCCGAGAUCAACGAGAUCAUCCGGGUGCUGCAGCUCACCUCCUGGGACGAGGACGCCUGGGCCAAUAAGGACACUGAGGCCAUGAAGAGGGCUCUCGCUCUGAUCGACUCCAAGAUAACUCAGGCCAAGAACUGGCUCAGGGACCCCAACGCCCAAGCAGGGGAUGCAGGGGAGCAGGCCAUCCGCCAGAUCCUGGACGAGGCUGGGAAGGUAGGCGAGCUGUGUGCAGGGAAGGAGCGCAGAGACAUCCUGGGCACAGCCAAGACCCUGGGCCAGAUGACCGACCAGGUGUCUGAGAUCAGAGCCAGAGGUCAGGGGACGUCUCCGGCUGCCAUGCAGAAGGCCCAGCAGGUGUCCCAGGGUCUGGACGUGCUCUCGGGCAAGGUGGAGAACGCCGCCCGCAAACUGGAGGCCAUGACCAACUCCAAACAGGCCAUCGCCAAGAGAAUCGACGCCGCACAGAACUGGCUGGCGGAUCCCAACGGUGGUCCGGAGGGAGAGGAGAACAUCAAGGGCCUUCUGACCGAGGCCAGGAAGAUCGCUGACAUGUGUGAAGACCCCAAGGAGAGGGAGGACAUCCUGCGCUCCAUCGGAGAGAUAGCCGCCCUCACGGCCAAGCUCUCUGAGCUAAGGAGACAGGGCAAAGGUGACACACCAGAGGCGAGGGCUUUGGCCAAGCAGAUCGCCACGGCCCUGCAGAACCUGCAGUCCAAGACCAGCAAGGCGGUGGCCAACAGCAGACCUGCUAAAGCAGCCGUCCACCUGGAGGGGAAGAUCGAGCAGGCACAGCGCUGGAUAGACAACCCCACUAUAGACGACAGUGGAGUGGGUCAGGCAGCCAUCCGGGGGCUGGUAGCGGAGGGCCGCAGGUUGGCUAACGCCCUGCCCGGCCCAUACCGACAGGAGAUGCUUGGCAGGUGUGAGCUGGUGGAGCAGCUGAUGGCCCAGCUGGCAGACCUGGCCGCCCGGGGCGAGGGCGACUCCCCGCAGGCGCGUGCCGUGGCUCAACAGCUCCAGGAGGCCUUGAAAGACCUCAAAGGGAAAAUGCAGGAGGCGAUGACCCAGGAGGUGUCGGACAUCUUCAGCGACACGACGACACCCAUCAAACUAUUGGCUGUAGCUGCCACAGCCCCCCAUGAUGCGCCCAACAGGGAUGAGGUAUUUGAUGAGAGGGCUGCCAACUUCGAGAACCACGCCAACAAGCUUGGAGCCACUGCAGAGAAGGCAGCUGCCGUGGGAACAGCCAAUAGGAGCACAGUGGAGGGGAUCCAGGCAGCUGUCAAGUCAACAAGAGACUUGACACCACAGGUUGUCUCCGCUGCUCGUAUUCUACUGAGAAACCCUGGCAACCAAGCUGCGUACGAGCACUUUGAGACCAUGAAGAACCAGUGGAUCGACAAUGUUGAGAAGAUGACAGGUUUGGUGGAUGAGGCCAUUGACACCAAGUCCCUGCUGGAUGCCUCAGAGGACGCCAUCAAGAAGGACCUGGACAAAUGUCGCGUGGCCAUGGCUAACCACCAGCCCCAGAUGCUGGUAGCCGGUGCCACCAGCAUCGCCCGCCGUGCCAACCGCAUCCUGCUGGUGGCCAAACGGGAGGUGGAGAACUCCGAAGACCCCAAGUUCAGGGAGGUUGUGAAGGCCGCCUCUGAUGAGCUGAGCAGGACCAUCUCUCCCAUGGUGAUGAACGCCAAGGCUGUGGCCGGGAACAUCCAGGAUCCAAGUCUGCAGAAAGGCUUCCUGGACUCGGGCUACACGAUCCUGGGUGCCGUGGCCAAGGUGAGGGAGGUCUUCCAGCCCAAGGAGCCUGACUUUCCACCGCCUCCACCAGACCUGGAGCAGCUUCAGGUGAGUCCCCCUCCUCUCUCUCCACCAGACCUGGAGCAGCUUCAGGUCAACGACGAGCCCGCCCCACCCAAGCCCCCUCUUCCCGAGGGCGAGGUCCCCCCUCCACGACCCCCUCCUCCAGAGGAGAAGGACGAGGAGUUCCCCGAGCAGAAGGCCGGGGAGGUGGUGAGCGAGGCCAUGAUGGUGGCUGCCAGGCAGCUCCACGAAGAGGCUCGCAAAUGGUCCAGCAAGGGUAACGACAUCAUCGGGGCGGCCAAGCGCAUGGCCUUGCUCAUGGCCGAGAUGUCCCGCCUGGUGCGUGGCGGCAGUGGAAACAAGCGCGCCCUCAUCCAGUGUGCCAAGGACAUCGCCAAGGCGUCUGAUGAGGUCACACGACUGGCUAAGGAGGUGGCUAAGCAGUGCACUGACAAGCGCAUCCGGACCAACCUGCUCCAGGUGUGUGAACGCAUCCCUACCAUAAGUACCCAGCUGAAGAUCCUGUCCACAGUGAAGGCUACCAUGUUGGGUCGUACCAACAUCAGCGAGGAGGAGUCCGAGCAGGCUACAGAGAUGUUGGUCCACAACGCCCAGAACCUGAUGCAGUCUGUGAAGGAGACAGUCCGGGAAGCUGAGGCUGCUUCCAUUAAAAUCCGGACGGAUGCUGGCUUUACCCUCCACUGGAUCAGGAAGACCCCUUGGUACCAGUAAGGCGGUUUCCUCUCUGCUGACGAAGGCACACCCUGUCGCACGGGCGAAGCGAAUUUUGAACAGUAGAUUGACGGACACGUAGAUACUAAUUCCAGUCUGUAGUGACAACAUCACCUCAUACACGAUUUGGGUCAAAGGAGUGAAUACACUAUUUACUAUUUACUAAGUGACCCCACACCCUGUCUAUAAACCGAGGCAUGCCAAGUAGAUUUUUAAAGAAGGGACUACCCAAUGCAACUUCCAAUUAUUUAGAUUCUUAUUGGGAAAAUGUGUUUUCUAAUGUGUGUAAAGAAUGUGUUUUUAGAGCUUAUUGUGACAAAUACCAGGUAUAUAUAUAUUUUUUGAUUGAGAGGUUUUUCAUAUCAAGAAGGGUUGAUGAUUGUUGGUCACUUCUAGACUUGUCCCGUGCUGAGAAGAUCUCUGUUAAAUUUGACUUUUAAAAUUUUCUUGGAAGAUGUCGUUUUAUCUCUUUGUACUGGUCCUUGAUGUCAUAUUCUGCAAUCAUUCACCGUUGCUAGAAUGAGCUUAUCUCCUCAAAAGGAGUUUCUACAAGUAUAUGCUAAGAUCUACACGCAAAAUUCACCGAUAUCAUGUCUGUUUACACAAUGCCAUGUUUUAGAAACGGAAAACACUGUUAGCAUCUUGGCUUAUAUUUUAGUGAAAUGGUUUUGUAUUAUGCUGCCAAAGAGUUUAAUCCACUAUUAACUUUUCAAUAUGGUUUCUUAUUUUGAUUAUGGUAUAUCAGAACUCAUAGGCUAAUGAAAGGGCUAGCGAAUCGUACACGAGUAGUCAUAUUUGAUAGUGAAACUUCUAGCAAAUCAUCUUCCAACAUUUUCACGAUGUUUCAAAGAGAUUACAUGUAAACGAUACAGAUAACAUGAGGCUAAGGCCUGGUGCUUUAAAUUACAUAACUCAUCUGUGAAACAGCAAGCUAGACAGUGUUUUACCUGAAUACUGUCUCAUGGUGUUGUGAUGUGCUAAACCAAUGUUGAGAUGAAUACCGUAAGGCUUUUAAGGUUACGUUUAGGCAUGUGGUAACUGGUUCAAAAGACUGUUGUUUUCUAUGUUAAUCUGAUCUCAAACACGUGUCUUUUGCACCUAGAACAUACACUAAACAUACAGUAGCACAUAAAGUUGGUACAAUAGAUGCAAUCUAAAAAUGUCUGUUGUGUGUUUGAGUAAGAACAGAAGUUUGAAUGUGUGUAUGAUAUUAGGACCCUAUCAAAACAUCUGAUGUGCCUUUGGAGAAAAUACUUUAAAUGCAAUAAAUGUUGUUUUUCCAUUUACAGAAAAUGAUGUUUUGUAUCUUGUACAAGUUGCAUCAUGAUUUUGUCCAGAAACAUGUUUGUUAUAUUUAAUAUGAUUCUUAGGCAAGUGACGUUACCUGCUUCUUUCAGUCUUUAGGACUAAGUCAAACCCUGCUUCUUGGCAUUAUUCACAUUUUGUAAUAAAGCAUUUUAUAACA